UCCCCAUCCUGGGUGACCAUUUUGGAUGAGGGCAGGUCGAAGCGUGGCGAGAGGUUUAUAGGAAAGAAGUGGAAGCGUGCGCCCUAUGUCUCUCCUGUUUCUUUGCUGCAGCAGUGCGGACUCGAAGAAAGUCCGGGCAAAGUCCAUAAAUUACAGAUUUCCCGAAAAUACGCGCGCAGCGAGCCCGCGAUAAAGAUGGCGUCUGCGGCGUCAAGCGUCCCGAGAAGAGGCGCGUCAAUUGCGGAGACGCCACUCGGCACUAGAUUAAGCAGGCCUGCGUCGGCGUCCGCCCUGAGCCGGCUCGCACAUCCCGCCGCGCCGCAGCGCCCCGAGGAGCGCAAGGGACUCCCGGUCCCGUUCCCCGCCCACUGGGUUGCGAGCUGGGACGGUGUCUCCCUGGAUCCCCCGCUUUCCCUAGGCUGUCUUGCCCUGGGCGUGGUUUCCCUCCCGGGUGGAACUCUGGGAGUCCGAGUUCUAGGAAAGGCUCGAACUGGGGCCCCUGGGAACGGCAGCUGCCUGCCCCGUCCCGGCGGCCGUCAGUCAGCAGGCAACCAUUAAGCACUUACUGAGGGCCGCAGGCUGAGGAGUCAGAGGUUAUAACGAAACGUCGGGACCUUAAGCAGCCCCGGGAAAUAGGUACCGCUCUUAACUCCAUUUCACAGAGGAGGAAACUGAGGCAGAGAGUCUUGGCGGGAGAUGCCCGAGGCAGGUGUGAACUUGAGGGUCCCUGACCCCGGAUAGAGCGCUCCCUCUGUUCCCUGCUCUCCGGGAGCUUGCCCGCUGGGGAAGCGCAGAAUCAGCCUUUUGGGGGGCUUCUUUCAGCUGCCCCCCUCCCCCCUUUUUUAGGAGAACAGCUUUUCGCCCCCAAAUCCGAAGGUUCCUCACUGGCUCCUACAGAAGAACACCGUCAGGGCUUCAUCCCAGAUCCGUCCGCUAAGGCUUCUACUAAAGUGCUGCUGGUGCCUCGGGAUGGUGCUGGAAGAACUACUACGGGUUCCGAGCUCUGGGCAGCUUCUUUCUUACCCUGGAGAGCCGAGGGGCCAAGUAAUCAAUGAGGAGCAUUGACUGUGCUCUAGGAUGUAACUGUUCCAGUACAGUUCCCACGUGGUCUCAGCCUGACAAAAUUGACUGCAAAAGAGACACAUGCACCAAGAAAGAAGUUUGUACCUUAGGAGAGUUGUUGAUCUUCCAAAACUGUCAUACACAUUCUCAGAACUCUUCUGAAAUUUAGCAAAAAUUGUUUGUGAUAUAUUUUAUUCUUUAUCUGUUGGAGGCAUGGAAGUGGAUUAAGAACAGCUGAUCAUAAAUGUUUUGGAAAUUUACUAGAGUUACACUGUAACAGUUGUGUGUUGGGAAUUCCAAAGUCAGAACAAAAAAAGAACUUUCACACCAUGCAUCAGAAAGCCAGAUUCUUCCUUCAAACUCUGAAGUUUAGUAUUGCUCGAUUUGGAAAAUACACACAGAAGCAGCCCUAUGUUCACCAUCAUCUCAUUGAUUGUUGUCCUUGGAUAAAAGUGAGAAAAUGUCACAGCUUUAAAUGUUUGCAAAGUAAAUACAAGAAACUGAUUUCUGGAAGAAACAUUCCAACCCGGAAAUUCUGCUAUGCGGAUCUUCUGAAUACUGAACAAGAGAACACAAAGUCCCUUUUAAUAAAUUACAUGGAUUCAAUGGAAAGACUCAAGAAGAAAAUAGAAGCAUUCUAUGACAAACACUUAAUCACUUUGGACAAUUUAGAGAUAAGAUUUGGUGAUUUUAUUUACUAUGAAGAAGAUGGUUGUAUACUUCGUUUAAAAAUUGGAGAUGGUUUUAAUAAUUGUGAAGUUUUACUCCGUUUGGAAGAGCUUUCAUUAUAUAAUGCUUUUGUUGAACGUAUCAGGAUUUCUCCAGGGGAAGAGUACAUGGCAGCCAGCAUAAAAACCUCAGAUUCUGAAGAGUCUAUGUGUGUAAUUGUUAAGCUUGGCAAGUAUCCAGAAGUGGAGGACUUCAUUCCCAAUGUGUUCAGUUUUGAAUGGGUACAGGAUGGCAUUUUAUUCUAUACUUGCCAAAAGAACCUUCGGUGUUGCAAUGUGUUUCGAACUAGCUUUGGAAAUAAAAAAUAUACUGAAUGCAUCUACACAGAACAAGAUCCAAGAUUUUUUGUGGACCUACAUUGUACAAGAGAUAGGUUCUUUCUUACCAUAAAUAGUAACAGUAAGACUACUUCUGAAGUAUGGUUGGUGGAUUGUCAUCAGCCUUGGAAUGUACCAGUCCUUGUCCAAAAGAGAAAUUCUGGGGUUAUGUACCAUAUUGAACAUAGAAACAAUGAAUUAUAUAUUCUCACAAAUUAUGGAGAGCCUUCAGAAUACAAGUUAAUGAAGACAUCAGUCGAUUCCUGUAGUAUAAAGAAUUGGCAACUUAUUUAUACAUGGAGGAGAAAAACCAAGCUUAUUGACAUGGUGAUGUUCAAGGACCACUGUAUUAUAUUUCUGAAGUACUGCAAUCAACUUUAUCUCAAUACAAUUUCCUUAAAUGAUCAUUCAGUUCAAUUUCUUAAGCUCCCUGCAUGGGCCUGUGCGUGCCAGCUGGACACCCAGCCACAAGACAGCAGCAUUGACACCUGCUCUUUUCUGCUCUCCUCUCCCGUGCAUCCUCCAAGGCAUUAUAUAUAUAUGUUAGGAAAAAGCGGUCUCUAUGAGCAAGCUGAGCAAGAGAAGCCUGUAAUGACAGAUUGUCACAUGGCACGCUUAGAAGCAAAAAGUAAGGAUGGAACUUUAGUGCCAGUGACAGUAUUUUAUAAAGGAAAUUCUAAGGACUUACAGAAAAAACCUCUUCUUAUUCAUGUAUACGGAGCUUAUGGGAUAGAUUUAAACAUGAAUUUCAAACCUGAAAAGCAAAUGUUAAUUGAAGAUGGAUGGAUAUUAGCAUAUUGCCAUGUUAGAGGUGGAGGUGAAUUAGGCCUCAGUUGGCAUACUGGUGGCUGUCUAGACAAUAAACUCAAUGGCCUUGAUGACUUAGAGGCUUGUAUAAAGUCCCUUCACAACCUGGGAUUUUCUGAACCCUUAUCUACAGCCCUUACAGCUUAUAGUGCUGGAGGUAUCCUAGCAGGAACAUUAUGUAAUACCAACCCCAAACUCAUCAGGGCAGUGGCUUUACAGGCGCCUUUUCUGGACCUCCUCAAUACCAUGUUGGACACACAGCUUCCUCUGACCAUCGAAGAGCUAGAAGAAUGGGGAGACCCUGCAUCUGAUGACAAAUAUAGGGACUACAUAAAAAGUUACUGCCCUUACCACAACAUCAGGCCCCAGACUUAUCCUUCAAUUCUAAUCACAGCCUGUGAAAAUGAUCAACGUGUACCUAUAGGAGGAAUAUUAAAAUACAUUCAGAGACUCAGAAAAGUUAUCAUGGAUCCUCAGAGACACAACCGAGAUCAUGGAAGAAAGAUUCCUAAUAUUAUUUUAGAUGUUCAGACUGGAGGAAGCCACGCUGCAGCUUUUGGGGAGGACUCUGUAAUUGAGGUUGCCAAACGUCUCGCUUUUCUGUACAAAGAACUCGAGCUUGAUGACACUGGUCCCCUCACCUAAUACCCAUUUUGAGACAAGAUGGACAUUGCAGUACGUCUCAGGCAGAGGCACGGAGGGCCCCAGAAGUGCAGUGUUAGUUCUCACGCUCUUUGGGAGCUGACAGAGCUAUGUCAGAGGGUGACAUUCUUUAGAAUUCUCUCACCAUCCAAACCUUGUCUUGCCUAGGCCAGUUCUUCAUCCUCCCAUCCUCUGGUGUUCCUUUCCUCGAAUCUCUCUGUUCCUAGCUCCAGUCUAACUAAGAACAGAACAAAGAUUUUAGGUUCAUUUUGGUUUUUUUCACAUGCCUACACUGAUUGAAACAAAAUAAAAUUCUUCACACUGAAAUUAAUAAAAUAAAUAAAAUAAAA